GUUAAUUUGUGCACAACAUCUUAAAAACCUCCAAUAACCAUGGGUGAUUUGCAUGGUUAUUUCUUCCUCUUUCUCAUAUGGCUGAUCUCCACCAUCUUUAUCCGGGCUAUAUUCAAAUCUACAAGUUCUAAACCUCAUCUUCCACCAAGCCCGUUUGCACUACCAAUCAUCGGACAUCUACACCUACUUGCUCCAAUCCCUCAUCAAGCUUUUCACAAACUUUCUCUUCGUUACGGACCAGUUUUUCGCCUUUUUUUGGGUUCUGUGCCUUGUGCGGUGGCUUGUUCACCAGAAACGGCAAAAGAAUUUCUUAAAACAUAUGAACAUGCCUAUUUAGACCGACCCCAUAACUCGGCAUUAGCAUACCUAACUUAUGGGUCACAAAGCUUCGCGUUUGCUCCUUAUGGAUCUUAUUGGAAAUUCAUGAAAAAGAUAAUCAUGUCACAGCUCCUAAAUGGUACAACACUCGACUUGCUGCUUCCAGUUAGACAAGAUGAGCUUAAUCGUUUCAUGAAUACACUCUUUCAAAAGGCCAAGAUUGGGAAGGCAGUAGACCUUAAUGGGGAGCUGUUGAAGAUGUCAAAUAAUGUGAUAUCAAGGAUGCUUAUGAGUGAAAGAUGUUCAGAGAAUGAAGAUGAGGCUGGGGAAAUGAGAAAAUUGGUUACUGAGAUAACUGAGAUUGCAGGUAAGUUUAACCUCUCGGACUACAUAUGGAUCCUUAAGAAUCUUGAUUUGCAGGGGUUUGGAAAAAGGUUGAAGGAUAUUCGAAGAAGAUUUGAUGAAUUGAUCGAUGGGAUCAUUAAAGAUCAUGAAGAGUCAAGAAAGCAAGGGUCCGGAAAAGUGAGGGACUUGCUUAACAUUUUACUCGAUGUAGCUGAAGAUGAAACCAUGGAGAUAAAGUUGACCAGAGAGCACAUUAAAGCCUUCAUUCUGGAUAUAUUUGUUGCCGGAACACAAUCUUCUGCGAUCACACUAGAAUGGGCCUUAGCAGAACUCAUCAACCAUCCAAACAUAAUGGAAAAAGCAAUAGAAGAAAUCGAUCAAGUUAUUGGGAAAAAACGACUUUUACAAGAAUCAGACAUACCAAAUCUCCCAUACCUUCAAGCGAUUGUCAAGGAAACACUACGACUCCACGCUACCGGUCCGGUUAUAUUAAGACAAUCAACAGAAGAUUGUACAGUAGCUGGUUAUCAUAUUCCAGCAAACACUACCGUUUUUAUCAAUGUGUGGGCCCUUGGUAGAGACCCAAACCAUUGGGAAAACCCACUUGAAUUUCGGCCAGAACGCUUUGAACAGAACAACGUGGAUGUGAGAGGACAACAUUUUCACAUUAUACCGUUUGGUAGUGGGAGGAGAAUCUGUCCUGGAACUUCACUAUCACUACAAAUGAUACAAACAACACUUGGUUCUAUGAUUCAGUGCUUUGAUUGGAAGGCUGGGGAAGAUGGAAAUCUUACUAGUGUUGAUAUGGAAGAGGGACCUGGGAUCACCCUUCCUAGAGCAAACCCUCUGGUUUGUAUUCCUGUGGCCCGGAUUGAUCCUAUUUCAUUGUAAUCUAUGUACCAUGUAAGAAGUCCUUAACUGCAACCGAGUAAUUUGUUGAGUGUUGGUAUUUAAAGAAGCCACAAUCACACACAAAUGAAUUGCGAAUGAAAUUUAAGAAAAAAGAAUAAACUUCGCUUAACUGAA